AUGUCGGGUCGCGAGGGUGGUAAGAAGCCUCUGAAACAGCCGGAGAAGCCAACCAAGGAAAUGGAUGAGGAAGAUAGAGUUUGCAAACAAAAACAAAAAGAAGAACAGAAAAAACCAGAAGAGUUAAAAGCAAAAGCUACUGGGAAGGUAUCACUUGCCAGUGGUGGAAUUAAAAAAUCUGGCAAAAAAGUCGACGUCCCUGUUUAG